AGCACCUCCAGUAUGAUGACCGUAGAAGAGAUCAGCUGGUGUUGUUGAUGUGGCCCAGUGCGGAUGUCAAACAUGAAGUGAAAUAAUUCCGUUUAAAUUCUCAGAGUCAUUAAAUUCAGCGCAGAAACACAGACAGACAGCGCGCGGGCAGUAUGUUUAAGAGCUGGAGCACGUGGCUGAGCGCGGAGCCCGUCAAUCAAGAGAAAACGGAUAAACCGGAAAUAGAAGAAGAGAGAGACAUAAACACAGACAGGACAGAACAAACAAAUGAGAUCCUAGAGCAAGCCAAAGGACUCAGCGGCUUCAUUCUGAACUUUGCGAGUAACGCGACUAAGAAGAUCUCUGAGUCUGUGUCCGAGACAGCACUAACCAUCAAGAAGACCGUAGAGGAGAGCAACAUCGACGGCAUCAUUGACAAGACCAUUUUAGGAGAUUUCCAGAAAGAGCAAGAAAAAUUUGUCCAAGACCAGAAUGCAAAGAAAACAGACGCAGCGGUGCCGCCUUGGGUCGGGUACAACGAGGAGGAAACCAUUCAACAGCAGAUUCUAGCUUUAUCUGCUGAUAAGCGGAACUUUCUGCGCGACCCUCCAGCUGGCGUUCAGUUUCAUUUCGACUUCGAUCAAAUGUAUCCUGUUGCCCUGGUGAUGCUACAGGAAGAUGAAUUACUCAACAGGAUGCGCUUUGACCUCGUGCCAAAACAGGUGAAGGAGGACGUGUUCUGGAGGAAUUAUUUCUACCGCAUGUCUCUGAUAAAGCAGUCGGCGCAGCUCACCGCUCUCGCCGCUCAACAGCAGGCCGCUGAUAAGAGAGAAGAGGUAAAUAAUGGAGCGACUCCACUGAACGAGAACGUCCCAGAGAGCAUCAGACCGAAAACGCCUCCCGUCGCCAUCAGCGCCAAACCCAAAACUAACGAGCAUGAAGAGGAGGAGAUCUCCACCAGUCCUGGUGUUUCUGAGUUUGUGAGUGACGCCUUUGACGCCUGUGACAUCAACCAGGAAGAUCUGAGGAAAGAGAUGGAGCAACUGGUGCUCGACAAGAAGUGCUCCCCUCAGGACGAGGAGACGGCUGAUUGGGAGAAGGAGCUCCAGCAGGAACUCCAGGAAUACGAGGUCGUCGUUGAUCCAGAAAAUCGAGGCGACAACUGGGACCGUGAGAUCAUGGAAAUGCUGCAGGCAGACAGCUAAAGCAUGACAGCGCCCCCUCUGGUGUGGAGGAUCCACCGCGGCACUGCAGUUUAAAUGAAGAGACGUUCUCAUGAAUGAUCAGGAUGUCCUAUAAGAACGUUUGCUUUCAUGAGGGAUCUGGUGUCCUGCCAAUAAGCACCUUUAAAACGGUUCCUCUCUCUGAUUGUAGUCAGUCUUCUGUGGUUAGUGGGAACUUUUCAAUCAGAUGUGAUUUUAUGAUUGACUCUUUCUGUCGUUUUGAGUUGAAUUUAUACGUUUGUGUUCGACACAAACUCGGAAGACUGACUGUCGUGUUCAAACACUAUCGUCACCUCUGUAUGUUUCUUUUCCACUGUCGGCCAUUGUCUCACAUACAUGGGUUUCUCUCUCAUUCCUUUAUUGUUGUAUAGAAAUGAACUCCAUACCUGUAAAAAUCAAUAUUUUAAUGUUUGUUAAGGGGGAGGUUUUAUUAUAACUUUGUUGUUGAUGAAUAAUCAUGAUUUUGUUGCAGUUAAUAAAAUCUGUCUUCU